UGUUGACUGAAUCCAGGCCGGAGUAGGACGCUCCCGAAGCGGCUGCGCUGAUCCAAACGUCUCGCUGUCCGUCUUCGCAGUCAAACGAGCGCCCCCGGGAUUUGUCAUCUGGAAAUGCUCGGCAGCCAAAUCUCUGCGUCUGGUGAGUGAGGUCAGCAUCCAGGCAUGGCAGGGGACCUCUACUGCCCCCCGUCCCCAUUAGGGGACUCCCUUUUGGACAGCCCCCUGUGCGCUGACCUCAUGGACGAUCUUGGCGAUAUAUCCCAGUCCGUCAGAGACCAGGCUCUGGGGUUUGAUUUCCCGGAGUACCAGAAUCCUGGUUCGGAGUCGGAGAGCUCCAUUGCACUGGACACUUUAACCCCGGCUUCCAGUCCGUCACCGGGGGGCUGCGGGGAGGCAUCGCGGCCUGGUGAGGUCUCGGGCCCCCUCAGCUUGGAGUGCAGGGUGUGUUCGGACAAAGCGUCGGGGUUCCACUACGGCGUGCACGCCUGUGAGGGCUGCAAGGGUUUCUUCAGGAGAACCAUCCGGCUCGGGCUGGAGUACGACAAGUGCGAACGCCAUUGCAAAAUCCAGAAGAAGAACCGCAACAAGUGCCAGCACUGCCGCUUCCACAAGUGCCUUUCGGUGGGCAUGUCUCACAACGCCAUCCGCUUCGGCCGCAUGCCCCAGGCGGAGAAGAUCAAGCUGAAGGCGGAGAGCAAAAUGGCGAAGAAGAAGAAAGAGGCGAGCCCGGCGCUGUCCGACCAUCGGGUGCUCGUCGGGCGCAUCCACCGAGCCUACAUGAAGAACUUCAACAUGAACAAAGCCAAAGCGCGGCUCAUACUCACCGGGAAGAGCAGCGAGCCGCCGUUCAUCAUCCACGACAUGGAGACGUUCCAGCUCGCCGAGAGGACGCUAGCGGCGUCCAAGGGGGACGACGCGGAACCCGAGUGCAGCCUCUCGGCGGAGGUCCUGGUUGCCGCCGUGGGGUGCAGCGGGCUCCGGCAGAGGGAGGCCGAAGCUCGUCUCUUCCAUUGCUGCCAGAGCACCUCCGUGGAGACGGUCACCGAGCUCACCGAGUUCGCCAAAGCUAUUCCCAGCUUCCAGAACCUGGAUUUGAAUGAUCAGGUGACUCUCCUCAAGUACGGUGUUUACGAGGCUCUCUUCACGCUCCUGGCCUCGUGCAUGAACAAAGACGGGCUCCUGGUGGCGCGCGGCGGCGGCUUCAUCACCCGCGAGUUCCUCAAGAGCCUCCGGCGGCCCUUUGGCGACAUGAUGGAGCCCAAGUUCCAGUUCGCCGCACGCUUCAACUCCCUGGAGCUGGACGACAGCGACCUGGCUCUCUUCGUAGCCGCCAUCAUCUGCUGCGGAGACCGUCCGGGUCUUGUGAAUGCGGCGCUGGUGGAGAGGCUCCAGGAAGGAAUCGUACAGGCGCUACGGCUCCACCUGCAGGCCAACCACCCCGACGACGCCUUCCUCUUCCCGAGGCUGUUGCAGAAAUUAGCCGACCUCCGGGAACUGGUGACGGAGCACGCUCAGUUGGUGCACGAUAUCGAGACCACGGAGGACACCUCGCUGCACCCCCUCCUCCAGGAAAUCUACAGGGACAUGUACUAAGAGUUAUUUUUUAGGACAAAAUGAGCCAGAAAAGAAAAAGUUAAAUAGUGCCUAAAUAGUGUUGCAGCCAAGGUCUCAAACUCAAGUUUAAAUCUUUAUCAUGCAAUAUUUAAAACUUAUUUUUGACGCGUGACCACUGUGAAAUUAGCGAAGGAACCAGUAGUUGAGUUUCUUUUAUUUUUGAACUGUAAUUCUAACCCCCUUGAAUUAACCACUGAAUUCCACUUGAAGCAAUCAUUUAAAACUCGCAUGCUUCAUACCCUUUGUACAAUCUUUCAUAAAUACAAAAUACUAUGUGCCAGUAUGAAUCAUUUGUUUUAACAAGACAAUAAUUGUAUGAUUCUGUACAAACUUAUUUUCAAAAAUGUAUAUAAAUAUUGUUCU